AUGGUGGGCUCAGAUCUGGAGUCAGAAUCUUCAGACAAAGAAGUGCAGCCAGCUCCAGAAGUGGCCAUAGACAAUGUGCAGACAGCUCAGGGGUCAUCAGAUGAACUGCCACCUGAGCAGGCAGAGGAGGUGGGGCUGGCCAGCAAUCAGCAGAAACAGCUGCUGUCAGUCUCUGAAGAUGAGGGCACGGAAUUACUACCCUCUCCCAAUCUCUUGCUUGAAGAACAGAUGGCAGCUGUGGCCAGGAGGUCCUUUGUGCAGGAACCAGACAAUCAGAGUGGGCUGUGUGACUUAGCCUCAGAAACAAUGAAACUAAAGUUGUUUGUUGUCACAGUAUCACUUCUCCUUCAAAGCUGCAUGGUAGACGGCCAGACUCCUUGCAACAGAUUCUUGGUGUCUGAAUGGAAAACCCAGCCAACUGUACAUAUAGUGAACUGGUCACUGAGCCAAAACAUCUGCUCCAGCUUCUACACCGACUGUUGGAAUAUUGAUUCAUAUCAGGAAAGCAGUACUGCAGACAAUGGAGCUCUCAGAUUAUCCCAGAUUUGUCCUCUGCAACUUCAGCUGGGGGACAUGCUCUUUGUUUCUUCUGAGCCAUCUUUUCAGUCUCAUGGCAUGAACUUGGCAAAUGUUUCCUUGGAAGAAUUUAUUAGAUGUCCUCAGCCAACAGAUUUCCCUCAGCACCAGCUCAUUUUUGACGACAGAUCAAGUGGGAUGCAUCAACUUGACCCCAAAUGGCUUGGAAUUGGAACACAUUACUUUGCAGAAGUCCCAGUACAAGGACCACUUUUAUGUCAUUUCGGGCUUCGACUGAAUGUGACAGUGAAGCCGCACAUUUGCCAGGGAUUUUCAAACUCUCCAUUUUGCUCUGGACAGGGCAAAUGUUUAAGUCACAUCUGGGAUGAAGCAUAUAAUUGCCACUGUAGUCAGCCCUAUUCAGGACAGUUCUGCCAAGAAAUUGAUCAAUGUUCCGGUAACCCUUGCUACAAUCGUGGCAUCUGCAUUAGCAGAAAGAACCAAAAAGAAGAUGAUGAAGAUUCUUAUGAAUGCAUCUGUCCCCCCUCAUUUGCAGGGAAGAACUGUUCAGAAAUAAUUGGGCAGUGUCAGCAACAUAGCUGUGGCAACGGUAGCUGUAGCAAUGUUUCUCCAAAUACUUUCAGAUGCCGGUGUGAUAAAGACUCUGCAGGUAAGAAAUGCAUCUAUUGUACGCAAUGA